UAGCCAAUCAAGAAACUAUCGGUUAAUGAUGGCGACGUCUAGCGUCUUGUGUUGGUUAUAAAGAAGAUAAUGUUUUUCGGAGCCGUAUUCCGAUCAUACAAAAGAGAAGGUCCAAUUUUAUAAAACGUACAAUCGUUAUUUAACUGUGAAAGUACUCAAAAGAAGUCGCGAUAAUGGACCAAGCACCCGCAGAUACAGAAUUACGGAACAUCAUUGACAAACUGGCACAGUUUGUUGCCCGCAAUGGACCCGAGUUCGAGCAGAUGACCAAAAAUAAGCAGAAGGACAACCCUAAGUUUGGUUUCCUGUUUGGCGGGGAGCACUUCAACUACUAUCAGUACAAAGUGACUACAGAGCAAGCCAUUUUAAAGCAAAAAGGAAUAAAUCCAAUGCAAAAUGCAGACCCACGUUUAAACGUUUCGCAGCAGCAGCAAACAGCCGCUACCGCCACGCAGCCACUGAAUAACGUCAAUCUAACGUCUGGCCUAAAUACUCAGAACAAUGGAUUAAAUCCAGUGGUUGGAAUAGGGCCCGUGGGAAAUUCGGCUGGUACGGUGAUACCAGGAGUACCUGGACAAAUUGGAGGACCAACAAAUACUGGACCACCAAUUGGAUCGGUACCAUCUGGCAUGGGAGGUGUAAACCCACCUAUAGGUGGAGUGACACCAGCUGUUAACAUCGGUGGCCCACCAGCAUGGCUUCAAACAGAACUGGCCAACCUUCAGUCGCAACAGACGACUCUGCAGGAACAAGUUAGACAAUCGGAACAAAAUCUUGCUGCCCAACAUGCUGCAUUGAUGGCGCAACAACAAGGCAGAGUAGAGGAUGCUGUCAGACAAGCUCAGGAAACGGCUCUGCAAAAUAGUGCACAAAGCACAAACACAGAUCUUACCGCAUUUGAUACAGUUCUACAACCUAUUAUUGAUAGCUGCACGAAAGAUAGCAUAAGCGCGGGAAAAGCUUGGAUCCUUCAAAAUUCUGUCACACCACAAAGCAAUCAAGUAGUUGCCGACCAUUUAUUGAAAAAAGUUAUCCAAGGAUCUACGUUUAGUCAUAAGCUUCAUAUUAUAUAUUUGGUAAAUGAUGUCUUACAUCAUUGUGCUAGAAAAAAAUCUAUGGAUCUUCGGAAGGCAAUGGAAAGUGUUGUUGUUCCCAUGUUCUGUAAUACUUCAUUAGCUGCAUCCGAAGAGCAACUUAACAAGCUUAAUAAAUUGUUAAGCCUUUGGGAAUCGAAGAAUAAUUACUUUGACGAAGGGAUUAUAGAUAAAUUAAAACAACCGAGCGCAUCUUGGUCCGAAUAUCAAGCUAAUUUGGUAUCGCAACAUGCAAGUGCUAUUACUCCAAUCACAACUUCUACGAAGCAAACAUUCGAUAAUUAUCAAGCGCAACAUCAAGCUUUUGUUACGCACGCUUUGAGACAAAUUCAAAAUAUUGAACAGCAAAAAAUAGCGAUCGAUCAGCAACUUAAAGCACCGCCCCCGCCGCCCCCGCAAAUGAAUCAACAGAACAUGUCAUUACCCCCCAAUCAUACUGGCCCAAGCGGACCGAUGGGUAGCGACGUUAAUUUUAGCCAACCUCCGCCUGGUUGGGGCGUAGCGCCAGGAAACGAACCACCACCAUUCGCGAACGUUCCUUUACCGGAUUUUUCUAAGCCUCCACCAGGAUUUGGCCCACCUCCUGUCAUUCACGAACCGUCUGUCGAGGAUUUGAUGCCUAGCAUGCCUUACUUUGAGUUGCCUGCAGGUUUAAUGGUUCCGCUCAUUAAACUGGAAGACGGAGAAUAUAAACCUUUGGAUCCCGACGCAAUCAGACUUCCACCGCCCGCACCACCCAGUGAUCGAUUGGUUGCAGCCGUAGAAGCAUUUUACGCACCUCCAAAUCACGAUUCACCGAGAGACAGCGAUGGAUGGGAGAAACUUGGUCUCUACGAAUAUUAUAAGGCAAAAAAUUCUGCCCGUAAACGCAAGGAGGAAGACAUUGUGGCUGGCAUUAGACAAAAAUCAAAAUCUCCGUCGCCUAUUUUAAGGCCAAGAUCGAAAAGUCCUAGCCCACCAAAGAAACGUUACAGAAGCAAAUCUCGUAGUAGAUCGAGAUCUAGAUCGAGGGGUAGGAGUAGAUCGCGAUCACCAACGGCGAAUCAUAGACGUAAUAGCCGUAACAGUAAUCAUAAUACUAGGAGUCGUAGAAGAAGGAACAGUAACAAAGAUCGAAGUCCAGAGAGGAGAUUGGACAGACAAGAUCGUAGUCCAACUCCUCCGAGUUUUCUCGGAUCGACGUAUAGCAAAGCCCCGCAAGAAAUAAGCCUCGACGAAAGUAAUAAGGGGCACCAGUUGUUAAAAAAAAUGGGCUGGGGUGGUGCAGGACUAGGUGCCAACGAGCAAGGUAUCGAGGCUCCUAUAUCGGGUGGUGAAAUUCGAGAUAAAAACGACCAAUACAAGGGAGUUGGCAUCAAUUUGAACGAUCCGUAUGAAAAUUUUCGGAAGAGUAAGGGACAGGCGUUUAUUACUCGAAUGAAAGCAAGAGCGGAAGAACGUGCCGAAGAAAGGGGUGAACGGGACUGAGUAUAUAUAUUAUUAAACGAAUGUAUAUGUACGAAGUGUUAUCGGGACAAAGUGAGAGAUGGGCUUAUUACCGAGGAUGAGAGAAAAUUUAUUCAGGCUUUGAAAGCAGAUCGACACAAUUUCUGCCAUUUUUUCGCCUAUGAGGGCUGCAUUUCAAUAUACUUGUCCAUAUAUUAGAUCCUAUUGGUGCACUUGCAACUACUAAUUUACUUUUACACGUAUCUUUACAAGAUAUUGACAUUAAUAAACGACAUAUUUUACGUUACAAUAUAUACAAGCUGAAUCGGAGGAUUUUAUGAUUUAGUUACGAAUGAUAGCUGAAUGUUUUAGAUUAAUUUUAGGAAUUUUAAUUCACGAUAAAUC